CUCGCGAAGGAACGCCUUCUGGAGGCCAGGGCGUCGGGGCCCCGGCUCUGCGUGGACCUCGGCGUGGCUGACCGCAUGACGGAGAAGGAAACAAGCCGCCUCGCCUCCCAGAUCAGGAGACUCUACGGGGCAAAUAGGCGGGCUGAGAAGCCAUUUUGGCUCUGUCUGACGGAGUUUGUGGUGGGCUCAUUGAUCUAUGAGGAGUGUUUCCGCAUGAACGAUGGCUUCUCCAAUUAUUUGAUAGAUACAACUCAAGAAAGUUACCUGGACCUGUUUCCUUUAGAUGCAAUUGUUUAUCUCACUCCUGACUCUGAGAAUGUCCUUGAAGAUAUUGAUCCAAAUAAAGUGUACGUCCUUGGAGGCCUGGUGGAUGAAAGUAUUCACAAGAAGCUGACUCUGCAAAGGGCACAAGAACAGUCCUUGCAAACAGCCCGCCUCCCCAUCCGUGAAUACAUGGUGAAAACCGCCAACACCAAGAACUACCACUCGGAGACACUGGCAAUUAAUCAAGUCUUUGAUGUCUUAUCAACGUACUAUGAGACCCAAAGUUGGCCAGCAGCCUUGAAAGCUGGAGUUUCUUCUGGAAAAGGCUAUGUGCUACCAGAUGCAGUGAAAUAAGUGGAAAUACCUCAGCAUGACAAUGCACAAGAAAACUCUUUAUUUUUUGAUGUUAAGGAGCUGUGCAGAUGAGAGGUGAACUCCGAAUUUCAAGCAGAGGCACCAGCAUGGAUGUGCAUAGAGAAAACAGCUCUGCUUAAAUCUUGUUUAAGGAGCUUCUCAAGAGUACACGUCCUACCUCCGCAGUACAAUGCUGGAAAUUACUUUUCCCCUUGAACAGGAAACAAAAGUUGUUGGUGCCCUGGGACCAAGUAAAAGUGACAGGAAUUCAGUUUUGCUUCUUUGCAGAUGCUUGCUAGAGUGUUUCUGAUUCUUGCAUCUACACUAGUUCUGGGACAGGGAGGGGAACUUUAAGGUAUUUCUUUCAUCUUCAUUAAAAAGUAAGUGAAGUGAAGUUAGAAUUGCAAAGUUCAUUGGCAAGGAAAAUUCCUUCCCAUGGAAAAGGGCAGUGCUGUUCCAAUUGGGGAACAGCAGAUGGGAAGGGAUUCCCUAGUGGAGAAACGGUUCCCAGGUGUACCAUGUCCUAACAACUUUAAACCAGUUGAAGCCUUGGUGAGUUGCUGAAGCCUAUAACUAAUCCUGUGCAUCUAAUCU